CGACGCAGUUUCAGUCUUAGAGAGCAACCCGGUACCGCCUGUUGCAGCUUCCCUUGACAGAUCCCUCAUCGAUUCAUCACCUCUUUGGCCGGUCAACUCCUGUAAAACGAACCCGUGAACUGAACAUAAAGACAGAGGAAAGCACUCGAGAUAACAGUGGAUAUUGUUCUCAAGAGGAUAUACUUACCAGAUUUGUUGGCGACCGUUUCGUCACCAUAGAAGACGUAUAGAAUCCUCUACGUUCUGUUUUCUGGUGAUCUGUUGCAUCAUACCUGCCCUACAUGUCCGCGCACUUCAUCUCUACCAAAACUUCUGUCAACGCUGCAUAUACAGUCACUCAUAUCCACACCGACUCCCACAUAUAUACCAUAGCCCUUUAACUCUAAACACUUAUAAACACUUCUCAUAUACACCUGUACUUAUGCCCUGAGGGUUUCAGUAGCUCUUACCACCGCACCGCAAUGUUCAUCAUACCAGCGCCCACCACCCAGCCACAGGACGUCCCACCAGCAUCAUGGGCGUCGAGAGAGAUGGGCGGCGAGGAGACACAGAGGGAUGUGGUGGCCGCCCCGAGAACUGUGCUGCGACUCAUGGCAAGUAUAUCAAUGGGGCUGGACGUGGUGGGUGCAGGCAUUCAGAGCUCAGUGUUAGAGAGAGAAGAGCGGAGUUACUACCGCUGUCUCCUCAAAGCCGAAGGCAAAGUCGUGGGCAGCCGAUGGAACACCACGCCCACCUCGGUGCCGCUGCCCACCUGCUAUGCGCACGAUAUCCGAUUCGUGAGGAUCUGCACGUGCACGGGGACUGUGGUGAUGGUCUGCCACAUCGUCGCCGUCGUCCUGUUGUUAAUCGCCCUUGCUAUUGGGCGGCGUCGCCUUAGCUUCCCCUGGGUGGGCUGGAGCCUGCUGGUGGCGCUGCAGGAGGUGGUGCUCAUUGGGGCGUGUUGGUCCCUCCUGUACUCGGCCGAGCUGACUCUCUUCGGCUGCCACGCCCUGAUGUUGGUGACGAAUGUGGUCCUCGCACUGCCCUUCCUGCAGGAAAGCGUCGUGUGGACUCCCGUUUCACCAGCCUGAUAGAACACGCUCCCAAGACACUACGAAAGGAAAAAUAAAGAUAAAUAAAUAAACCUUUUCUCUC